UGGUCGUUGGUCGUGUUUCAUGUAGGCAUCGCGAUAGAACCGUCGAUAGGUCGCCAAAGGGGUUGUGCCAAAAGUUGUGCUGUGUUGCUACAAAAAGCGAAGGUAACUGCAUCAUAAGCCACGUACGUUCAGCUGUGUUUUACGGAGUGAAUCAUGUGAUCGUGACCGGUUGCGAGCGAUCGUAACAUGUAACGCGCAUUUAAGAUAGUUUUGCAUAUCGUGGAGUUUGUGUGUGUUUGUGUCGUUAUACCGACAGAAUAACGAAUUGAGAAGUUUAGGUGUGAAAAGAGCAUCAUCGUAAUUUGGUGGUCAUGUUGGGGAUAAGUAAGAAGCCGGGUCCACCGGUACCGCCGCGACCCAGUGCAGCUGCCGUUGCGACGGCCCUCGCAAAACAGCGUGAAAACUCACCCUCCCCGAACGGAGGGACGCGGGGAAACAGUGGGAAUGGGAUGGUCGGUAUGGCUACGCUAAAGCCACCCCAUCCCGGACGUACCGUAGUGUACAAGUCGCCGGAUUUCGAUCAACCGCAGGCAAGAAAUCGGUCCCACUUGUCCAGCUUUGGUGGGUCCGUACCGGAACAGCUGCAGGGAUCUCCGAAUCCGAGCACCAAACGUAACGCGAUCUAUCACGAUAGUCCCGGCCAGAGUCCGCGAGCGAUGGAGAGAAAACUGCUCACCCCAGCUGGUGGUGGUGUGAUGUAUCGAUCCACCUGCAGUAUAGUGGAGAUCAACACUAGCCCAAGUACGUCUGGAUCUAGCUCGGUGUCUACCUCACCGGUAGCUACGCUCCAGAAGCACUCGGCGGAUCAGAUGUCUUCCAAAUUGCAGAAAGACUCCCUUACGAUGGCCCCGAUAGCUCGAAGACGUGUGCGCACCGGUGACUCACACUCGAGUGAAGGAUCUCCGGAAACGUCCGAGGUGAUCAUCGUCAAUGGUGGUACGCAUGGGAGUAGCAUCAGCUUGCUGAGCACUCCCCUAUCCCUGGACGACACCGAGAAUGGUCGUGGGAAGUCACUGAGCGAGUGUGACAGUGGAACUGAGCGUGGAGAUAGCUCCGGAUCUUCCGCAUCCGCCGGAAGCACACUGGAGCGGGAGAACAAUGCGAAGAAUCUCGAAAGUAGCGCCAAGAGUAGUCACUUUACGGAAAUCAUUAUCGGCUCGAACCAGACAAGCACGGUGGUACGAAGUGGUAGCAAACCGAACAUUGCCACCGGGAACAGUGUGAUACGAUCGAACUCGAUCCGAUUGCCAAUCAAGGCAGCGGUAGCGGCAACAGCAACCCCACCACCGAUGCAUCAUCGUCCAGAACCUGAAGGUGGUGAGCAUGUGCAUCCGUCGAGUGAUCACCGUGCCGCAGCUGGAACGACUGGAGCGGGCGUUACGAAAUCCCAAUCGACCACAACACUCGAUCCGGCCACACUCGAUUCGAAGCUAAGCGAGAAGAAGUUCGCCUUUCAUGAGCUGCUCAUUUCGGAGCUGACGGCAAUGCGCCAGAAGCAGAAGGAACAGGAUCAUCAAGAUCGUCAAAUGGUGAAUCAGGUGCAUCAGGAAGCGAAGUUAAAGAAGGAUGAAUCUGCGAUCGGAGUCGAUCUGGCGAAGAUCAACCGUCGGCAGCGCUGUCCGUCGGAGCGGCGCUCGUCCGGCAGUGAGACGGAAACGACCCCGAACGGGACCGCCACUAGACUGCCGAAGAUUCGCACCGCCGACUGGAUCGAGGUGGGCGACAAUGGCAAGCAGGUGGUGCUGUCCAGCUGCCAAAUCAGCCUGGAAGAUUCGGGCAUGGAGGACGAGGAGAAGCUGGACGAUGCGUCGUCCGGGGUAGGCGAUUCGUGGGACAGCGUAAAGGAAGAUGCAGAGGAACGCAUCAUAAUGUCACUUCCCGGAUUACCUCCGCUGCCCAAGAGCCUCAGUGGUUUCGAUCUCGCCGGCGCACAGUUCCAGUCGCACCAUCAACAUCACCAUCAACACCCAUCCCAGCAUAAUCCUCACUAUCCUCCCACCCAUCACCAUCAUCAGCAGUCGACGACACAGUCCUCCCAUCACCAUCAAAUGCAGCCACAGUCCUUCCACGGGACGCCACCGCACCCGUCCAGUCUGCCACCGUCCUCUCAGUCACCUGCCGCUGUCCUGAACCACCAUCACACGAAUCCGUUCAUACCGGUCGGAUCCGGUCUGCUGCACGGUGACAGCUUGGCGUCGCUCGAGAGCCAACAGCGGGGACAUUCGCCAGUCAGCAGUACGUUGUCCGGGGGCAGUAGUGGAGGUAGGAAGACAUCUCCGCAACCACCAGGAUCGGGACCGGCGUCAACGUCCACUCUGGACACCCAGUUGGCUAUUCUGCGACGAGAAAUGUACGGUCUACGGCAACUCGAUCUGUCCUUGCUGUCGCAACUGUGGGCCCUGAACGAAUCCAUCCAAGAGUUCCGCACGAUGCUGCAGGAGCAGGAAACACUGUCACCGCCCUCGCCCACACCGUCCAACUCGGACGCGAACUCCGUGUCCUCGGACGAUGAUCUCGACGAGGACGAUUCGUCCACCACCAACAACAGCAAUCGGCUACUGCACCAGCAGCAACAGCAGCACCUGCUACUGUCCGCCCAUCAUCAGCUACAAUCGUCCACGAACAGUAUUGGCGGUGCGGGACCCGGCAGCGGUGGCAACCUAACGCCAGGUGGUGGACCCAACCAGAACGAAUCGGGAGGAUCCUCUACGACGACGCUCUCCUCGUCCGCCUCGUCCCGUAUGCGAGCACCGCCACCACCGCCCCCGAACCGGAAAGCACCCUCGCGACCCGUCUAGUAGUAUCAGGCGUGAAGAUUAGCCGUGUUCAUAAUUCCUGGGGUUGAAAACGUAACUUCUCAACCGCUAAAACAAGUCAGUGAUUCGUUUGCCAAUUAGUUCGGUGCGGUGAAUUAGCGUUCAAACCGAUGGGUCGGGCAUGAACGAACCAGGGGGCCGAGGAUGGGAUGAUUUCACGAUAGAAGGUGAACGGAUAGGAGCGGUGUUUCGUGUAGGAAACAUAUAAAUGGGAAAGACUAGCGAGCUAGGCAGAUCCAUAUACCAAAAGAGUCACGUUUAAAAAUUAACUCAUAAGCUGAUGAAGACUAGGAACGGAUUUGAAGAAAAGACGAUUGGAGAAGACAAGUAAAAGGCGAUAAAAGAGGAGACAAUCCGUGGUUGUCUUAAGGUGAAGCUUUCGUGCACUAACGAAGGUUGGAAGUAAUAUUGUACUCUCGCAUGCAUAGGUGUUUCUUUUCCGCGAUAGGAUUUUGUUUAUCUCCUUUGACAAAAAAGUUUGUUCAAAUUCACUGAUAUCGUCUCGGAAUACAAGGAACUAAAAUAAUAUUAGAUACAAGGCAUGCUUACGAGCGUUUCGACGAGGAAAAGCUGUUAGGUGUGCCACAGGAAUGGAAAAGAAAAUGGCCACAUUUACCACGGUCCGGCCGUGGUUUUGAUGGUGUAUGUGAAGUGUUACGAACAAAGAAAUUCUAUAGCAAACAGCAGGGAGGGAAAACUCUUUACUCCUGUAUAUACUAAUGUGCGACUAAAUAAUGUUCCCAAACGUAGCGUUUACAUGAAAUGAUGAAAUAAAAAUAUGGAAA